UGUUGGUAAAUUGAUUAAUGAGGCUCGCGGUCGUAAUACCUCUCCACCCAAGUAGAGAGCAGCAGUGUGAGUUUAUUGUACUUCCAUACGCUACAGUCAAAACAAGAAGAAGAAUCCAUUUCAACGAAAUUUAACUAGCUAGCUAGCUGGCUCCCAAAAUUUCCAUAUGUGUUUGCAAGUUCAUAUAUAUCUCGGGGCUUCAUGCAUUUAGUGUUGGAGUUGUUUUUCCAAAAUGCAUAACGUCAGGAUUUUCAUUCCAUCGUUCCGUUCAGAGGACAAUCCGAUUGAGAAAGGGUACACGGUCUUUAAAAUCGACGUGCUAAUGAAUGGCAGACAGCAUACAGUGAAGAAGCGCUACAGUGAAUUUCAUCAUCUCCAUAAAAUACUGAAGAAGAGUAUGACGCCUCCUGAGAUACCCUCUAAGCAUGUACGGAACUGGAUUCCCAAAGUUCUGGAGCAGAGAAGACAUGGUCUGGAACUAUAUCUACAGACUAUAAUUAUGGAGAAUGAAGUUCUCCCAAAGAUAUUCCUGGAUUUCCUCAACAUCCGCCACUUUCCCUCACUGACAAAAACGGAAAGUUGUGGGUCAUUUGAAACUGAAUCUGAAGAGGCAAGUAAACUGACCCACCAACCAGCAAUGCUCUACCAUAGAGACCCCUACAUGCUCCCGUCCUCCCACGAUACAUUUUCAAAUGUUGUCAUAGAAGGAGUGAUACAUGGAAUAUUCUUCCCAGACCUUCAACCAAGGUAGAGUUACUGUAUACCAGCUUGGAGGACUUACUAGUAACUCCAUGAAGAUUAAGAAAUGAACAGCUUGUAUGAGUCAAUUUUGUAAACAUUCUAAUAGUUGUGUGUUUAUGAUAUAAUAUUUUGUGGUUUGUUUCUGUGUUAAUGGAUAUCUUGAUAAUAUUUGAGAUGAAACGACUCAAAGAACUGCAUUUUCUGAAUGAUUGUUAUUGAAAGAUGAACACUGUCGUGAUGUUAUGACAACAUUUAAGAUAAUGCAUAUAUUCAGCCUCAUGGACCCACAGGCUGUAUCCAUCUACUAAUGGUCUUUCACUCAAAUUAAGGUGAGACCUUGACGUUUUACACGGUGAAAUAACAUUACUAGGUCAAACACUUAACUCUAAUAUAUUAGCUAUGAAUUAAUGAAGGGCAACCGAUCAAACAUUUCAAACAUGUGAUUAAAAAGCUGAAAUAUAUAAAAAGGGAAACUGAACUUGUACUGUCAGUGUAAUAAGAUGUCUUAUGUUGGUCUGCCUUAUCUCAACUUUGAGUGUGUGUCCCUUUUUUAUUUGAAAGAAGAUCAAUGUGGUUCAUUGUUGCUCUUUUUGAAUGUGGGACUGCUGCUGUAAACUGUACAGGGCCAUUUACACGCCAGUCAGUUUUGAUCCAAUUUAAAGUGACUGACGCCGUACAGAUCUGAACUCCUCGUGAUGCUGUAGUGUUCCACAUAUGGUAAUGCUGUGUGUGUAAUUGAUAAGCCUCAUACCCAGCUGAUGCUUUUUCGUAGUAAGUCCAGCUUAGUUGGUCUGACAUUACUUUGCGCUUGUCAUUCAUUAGACAAUUAUGGAUGGCUAAUAAUAUAGACACUCUGAAAGACAUGAGGAUGGUCUGGACUUUCUAUUGACUAGAGUUCUCUGCCAUCCUUGAUAUUUCUAUCCGAUGUGGUCUCUGAAUUGAGACCGGGUGAACAUUAACACACUUAAAGCUAGAAUCCUUUAUUAAAACAGUGGUAAUACUGGAUCUGUUUCAGUAAAAAGCUGAGGGAUGGGGCAGGAGAAAUGUUGCCACUCUCAAAUUCAUAGACAGAGCUAUGGAUGCAAGGACUGACCAUCUUUGAUAUCAGCAUUCGUUUUAACUAUAUUUUGAGGAUAGUUUGUUUACAUUUACAAACAUUGGAUUAAAACAAGUUUAUAUUUUGGGUUCUGAUGGGUACGGCUGUCAGGCAUUUUUAAGUUGUAUUUUUCAAGAAUGAGUUGGUAUGUAAGGGAUAAACGCCAACUUUCAGUACAUUACCUUGGAAAUAAUGGAUGAUGCAGUCCCUUCGAGGUUCAUUCUUCCAGGGUAAUGUACAGAACGGAGGCGUUUACUCCACUUAUACCACAAUUGCCAAAGAAAACAAUACUAAAGCACACAUUUUCUAGGUAAAAAAUAGCAUGUUUGAGUAUAUUUUCAUUUUGAUGUGUGAUUUCACCUGGUAAUAACUAAGGAUUCUCGCUUUAAAGUAGAGGAUUUUUCAUUUGUUAAAUGAGAAGUAAACUUGGGUUAGUUGAGCAGUCAUGUAUAGAACUGUCCACUUCAACUGAGAUAAAAUCAUGCCUGUGUUGACAAAUCCAGCCAUUUUUGUUUUGGUAUCUACUUUGUAUAUGUAUGUCCUGUACAGUGUGCCAUGACACCCGACCAGUAAUGAUACUGUAGCACUUUAGGCAGAGCAGUGAUCUGUAAAGUAUCAUGAUUAAGACUGAUGGCAAUAAAGCAUGACAUUUCCUUCA